AUGGAGCCUACGCCGCUGAUCAACAAUCCCGGAUUAAGCGCCAAACCCACCACGGUCCAGGAGUUGCUUGGGGUGACAUACCAAGAGGAAAGGAAGAUGAGAGAGGUGGUGAGAGCUCUAUAUAAUGCGAAGAUGCCGGUUGACAGUGGGGUUGAGUAUGAUAAGCCAUUGAACCAGCUUCUGAAGCUGGGUAAUAAACAUAUCAAGGAGAUGGAAGAAGCAGCCAUCAGCAGUUUGGACAACUCUGGUUUUGUUAUCAUUUCACGCGCCCCAUGGUACCCUCAAUGGGUCUUCGCUCAGCUCCAUGUCCGCCGGUGUGGUCGGCGGGCCCGGAUGAAUGGGAGGAGGUCCCAAUCCAGUACGGAAUCAGUGCCAGAGCACGGGGCGGCUAUAGCUGCUGGCGCAGCAGAGUCCGGGUCCGAGGUGGGGGCUGAGGUGGGGAGCGCGGGCGCGGGUGCGGGCGCGGAUGUAGUUGUACGGGAACCGAAUCAAAGUGGAUCAUGGCGGCCUUGGUAA